AGCGUAUAUACUAACAGCAACAGCCCUUCGUCGACAUCAGUCGGCUUUCUGCGAUCAAGGCAGUUUCUUGUGGCAAAAUGGAUCUCCAGCGUGUCCUGGAGAAAUGUGGAAACUUUGGUCCAUACCAGAUCCUGCUACUGGGACUCUAUGGCUAUACAAAUAUAGUGUCCUCGCUGCACUACUUUUCACAGACACUGAUUAGUUUCACGCCAUCACACAGUUGUUCUAAGCCUGAAGAUUUCCGACCAAAUUCCACAUCCCUGCUGACCUGUAGUGUUAUUCAUUACGAUGAAGAUUUAUCCUCUUUUCGAGAUUACAAAUGCACAUCCUGGGAUUUCGAAAGGGAAAGCAACUAUGAGAGUGUUACCACCGAGCUCGAGUGGGUUUGCGACGAUGCCUACAAAUUGGCAGUGGGUCAGUCCUUCUUUUUCAUUGGAUCAGCCCUUGGAAGUAUAUUCUUCGGUUAUUUAGCCGAUCGGAUUGGACGACUCCCUGCCUGCGUUUUGUCAACUUUGACAGGAGCCUCUGGAGAUUUCUUCACCUCAUUCGUUGGAAGCCUGCCUUGGUUCUCCUUCACACGCUUCAUUUCCGGACUAUCUAUGGACACACAGUAUGUCCUGAUGUACAUUUUGGUGUUCGAGUACUUGAGUCCUCAACACCGCACCUUCGGGUUAAACAUCAUUCUGGGUGUUUUUUACUCCAUUGGCCUAAUGAUUUCACCCUGGAUGGCCAUUUGGUUGGGUAACUGGCGUAGUUAUCUCUGGGCCGCCUCUCUUCCAGCCCUGGGCAUGCUACUUUUCCCUGUCUAUCUUCACGAAAGUGUGGAGUGGUUGUUGACUAAAGGAAAAUUCGACAAGGCAGUUAAUAAUCUGAAAAGUGUUGCUAAAUUUAACAGACGUCAAGUGGAAGACUCUGUGUUCGAUGAGUUCAUCAAGCAUUAUCGCGAGAAGUUGAACAGCUCGCAAAAGAAAUCUUCAGAUACUUUUAUGGGCAUGCUGAGAACUCCCAGACUGAGAAAGUUCACCAUUAUUCUGCUGGUCAAAUCAAUGAUAAUCACAAUUGCAUUCGACAUCCUUAGUCGUAAUGUGGAAGGCGUGGGAAUAUCACCAUUCAAACUCUUUUCCUACUCAGGAUUUGUCGUCCUUCCUGGUGGCCUCACCAUAAUCCUAUUCCAGAACAAAAUAGGUCGAAAGGGAAUGGCCUGCGCCUCGCUCUUUGUGGGUGCCAUUAUCACGGCGGCCACUGGUUACCUCGUAGGCACUCUAGACCCAGCUAACUACUCCGUACUCCUGGGAGUCAUGGUGUGCUUGGCGAGAUUUGGAGCCGUGGUUGCCUACGAUGCUGAGGCCCAGUACGCAGCAGAGAUUAUCCCAACAAGUGUUCGUGGAAGAGGAGUAGCUAACAUCCAUGUGGUGGGCAAUGCCUUUGCGUUCUUCAGUUCCUACAUCAUUUACUUGGGGACUUUCUACAAGCCACUACCUUCGUUCUUGAUUAGCUUCCUGCUUCUUAUUGGUGGUUGUUUGUGCCUGACUCUUCCGGAGACUUUGCACAAGCAACUUCCACAAACUCUGGAGGAGGGCGAGGUAUUUGCCAAGGGCGAGAAAUGGUAUUUCUUCCCCUGCUUUUCGCGCAAACAAAAAACAAAUAAAUCUGAAUCUCAGUUGGAAUCAGCCAACUAAACUACAAACUAGACAUAAUAAAUUUUUUAGAUGUAUAAUAAAACCAUACAAAAUAAUA